GUUUUCCUAGCAUAAGAGACUAGCUCUAGCUAAACAACAACAAACGCACAUGCAGAACGAUUUAAUGACUCAUUUACUAUUUAUGAUGGUAUUAAGUGUAAGCUUCAAACAUAAUACAUGUAUCUUGGUUAUCCUGUAUUUUGAUUAUCUCUGCCUUAAAUAAAAAAAACAGAAAUUAAGUAGGCAUGCUCGACUCAAGUGAAAUUUAUGAAUACCGGUAUGAUGAUAAUGAUUUUAAAUGAUAAUGAUGGCGAUCGGGGAUGGAAAAUACAGUUGUCAUGAUUGUCAUGAUUAUUAAUAUUGAAUGGCUCAGAAAUCAUUGAUCUUGAAUAUGGGCAUGAAUAUUUUGGAAAGCAUUGGAAGUUUUAAUUUAAGGCAGGGGUGUUGCUUUAGUGUUUGUCGCCCUGGGCCAAGAUGAAUUUUUAGGAUCUUCAAAUCUAAAAUCCAUUAUUAUAUUUUUCGUCAAUAAUGCAAUAAAAUACCACAAAAGCCAAAGCCCAUUUUAGCGCAUUAUUAAUGAUUACAUCUUACACACUAACAAGAGAGUCUCCAAAUAAUAAUAUCCUAUGAUUCUUUGUCCAAUUAAAUUUCAGAAAAUAUGGGUAAUCUACCACUUGAGCGUCGGCCAAGAAAAAAUCCAGUUGUUCCGUUUGGAAGGGCUAUUUAAACAACUAUUCUUACAUUGGAGUCUGUUAAUAUUUUUGCUUCCGUAUAGGCAGUAUAGGCUACAAAGUUAUAUAGCACAAUACUAAUACAUUUAAAUAAUUAUUACUGCCAAGUUAACGAUAUGCCAGGAAGAAAAAGAGACUACAAAAGUGCCGAUGUCCGAAAUGUUUGAUAUAGAUCAGAUACGAAAUGAAGAAGAAUGGUGGCUGUCCACACUACUGCUGAAUUUGUCAGACACCUUAUUCAGCAUCUAAGAUGGUGCAUUAACAAAAUUAUUUUUUUUGAUGCAGAUGACGCGGAUGUCCACACACAGAAUGUGGACCACAGUGGAAAACAAGGAUGCUCAAAAAGCGUAAACUGAAAAGACAGUUUGGCACAAGCCGUGAUCUUUCCCCUUCAUAUUUACGUGAAUUCAUGUACCAUAACCGAUUUCGUGGAACUUAUAUUUUUUAAAACUUCAUUGUCACCUUGGGGAGAACUAUGCAUAAUUCCAUUUCAAACAUUAAAUUGUUUAAAUUCUUCUGUUUCAAAUUUUUAAAAUAGUUUUUCUAUUAAAAAAACAUGUUCUUGUGUAUUUGUAUUAGUACUAUUAUUAUGGGAAUGAAUACGUACAACCAAUGUCAUUAAAAAUAGUAUAAGAAUAAUUGAAUAAAUAGCCUUUCCAACCGGAACAGCUGGAUUUUUUCUUGGCCGACGCUCAAGUGGUAGAUUACUAAAAUAUAUACUUAUAAUAUGGAAUAUUAUUAUUACUAUUAGGGAUGUAUAAGUAUAUGAAUAUAAAAGUUACUAAAAAAAGCAGAUUUAAUGUAUUUCUACAGAAAAAAUACAAUUGAGGCUUCAUGCUUCAACAUAUUGCAUGUCAACAAAAAAUUAUUUAUAAUUAUGCCUAUUUUUUAUCACACAAAGUGAUUUACUCUGAUGUACCAACUAUAAAAAAAUAAUCCAAAUACUUGCAUUUAUUUUAUUGUUCUCAGUGAUGUUAUGUUUAUCUCAACAACAAAAAAAUGACCUCAGACUUUGGGUGUAUUGGUAGACAAGAUGCUGUCUCAUUAAUAUUUAAUAAGUCAUUCAUUAAUAUGAACAAUUAUUUUCAAAUUAAAAUCCAAUAAAUAAGCAUUCACUGAGCAUCAAAAAAUAUAAUUUCUAAGGUACUUGGCAACAUAGAAAUAUAUUUUCAUUGUAAUAUUAUAUUUUUACAAUUACUGUUGAAAUUUCUGUUUAAAAUUUAAGUACCUUUUUAUGCAUUCAGUCAUUCUGUUACAGCUCCCAUGAAAUUUAUGUGCAAAUAUGAUUGGCAGUGGAGAGAUGGCAUUAUUUCAUAAAACCUUGAGAAAACACAUCUUUUUGCACCCCACUGAUAAGAAACGGAGAUAUCAUGCAGUAAAAGCAGCUCUUCUCCAAGACAAGCAGAAAUAUUCUGACAGGUUUGUUAAUUCUAUGUCUUUUGGGGAUGACAUAUCACUUUUGUAAUCUGCCAUGAACAAACAUUUGAACUAAAUAAUACUUAAUUUAAUUUUAUGGUCAACUGUUUUUUUUUGUUGUGUUCUUUUUCAAAUUUUAAUUACUUAAUUUUUUAAUACAAAAACUAAAGCUUUUCGUUGGACUACCAUAAUUAGUGUUUAAGUUAUUUUCAUUUAGUGCUCUUAAUUUUUGCAUGCUCUGAAAUGUAAGUUAGUCCAAACUCAGAGAAUAACUGAGAAUAUACGCUAAUACUAUUAGAUGAUAAGUUGAAUGAUAUAAAAAAUAGCAAUGUUGUGUUCUGUUUUUAAUACUGGGUACUUACAAUUUUUUUUUUAAUUUCAAAAAUUUUGUGUGCGUGUCAGCUUCAGUGUAAAAAAAUAAUUAAAAUUUGACUUUUGUGUGUUUGUGUAUAUUUUAUGUUAUAGACUGCAAGGUGCUUUGUUGGAUGUUAACAACUUGAAAAUUGUAGGGGAUCGUCAUUUGGUUGUUGAUGGAUAUCUCAGCAUGGAGGUCGUGGCAGAUUUUUAUGUCUUCAGUCCAAAACUUGGCCAGGUCCUUGAUGGAGUUAUAAAUAAGGUAAGGCAAUCAACUUUGGAAAUACCCACUGCGAUACUGGAGCUGAAAAAAAAAAAAAAUUAUCAAAGUCAUCAGAUGGGUUAAUGUAUCCCAAUUUUGGUUCAUGGGUUAAAUUAACAUUUAUUUAAUCAAAUAAAUGUCUGAUAGAAAAGUAAAAUAGGAAUGAAGUAACACAUGUUAUUUAAUGGGAAAUUUAGCAUUACUUAUGUUACCACGUGGAUGUAGUGAAAAUAAUAUUGGUUAAAUCAGAGGCAUGAGGCCACUUUCACUAAGAAGUGAGUGCUGCAGUUGACCCUAAGUAUUUUGAAAAUUUAAAUUCAUGGAAACAAGCUUCUCUAAUAAGUGAUAAUAAGGCCACGUACCUUAAAUAGCCAUAGAAAUCUCCAGAUGCCUUAACCUUUGAUGAUGUUUAGUUUUUUAGUAGUCAUCAGUCUAACUAUGUCACCAUAAAAAUUAAUGCUGGUUCUGUUGCAUUUGCUUUUUUGACAUGCCACAGUGCAGCAAAAGCCACAUCGGCUGUUUGGUGAUGGACACAUUCAAUGCGGCUCUGACGCUUCCUCCAUCUUGUCAACUUGCCCCCAGUAUUGGAGACUCUUGCAGCUUUCAGGUCAAAGAAGUCGUGGUGGAUGGAGAGAUUUUAUUUAUGAGAGGCACUCUGAAGAGGUAAACUGGAUUGGAAUGUAAAUUUUUAUUUUUUUACCAGUUCCAUUUCAUAAACAUGGGAGAUUUUCUCCCAGUCUAAAUGUUCUCUCAGACUAAAUUUUCUCCCAGUCAUUUUGUUGAACAAUAAUGUUUUAUUUCCAGAGUGUGAUCUAUCCUUUCAUCUUGGGGGACCUCAGAUGGGAAACAUUGCUGUAAAUAAAGACUGUCUAAUGGGAAUCAGCUACAUAAAGCCCUCAACAAGAAAUUCUGUUAUCUUGUCUUAUUUAAAAUUUGUUGUCUUAACUAACUUUGAACUUUGUUUUUUAAGGUAUCAACUUUUGACAGUUAAGGAUUUGAACAGCUCUUGACUUUGGUCUAAAUGACUGAUCUAUUAAUCUAACAACAGGACUCAUCGUCAAGUGUCCCGUCUCCUUGUUGUGUGAUCCAAUAAUUUCAAGUUAAAUCAACUUCUAUCAUUAUUUAUCUGGGUGUUCUCAUGUUGGAUCUCUUUCACCUACAUCAGGGUCCUCAAACUAAGUCCAGCAUGCCAUAUCCGGCUCACCAGUGUUCCUUAACUCUUUUCAUUCCUCUUAUAUAGAGAGCGUACAACUAUAUACGUUGGUUAUUGUUGCUAAUAAAAUAUUGUCUUUUUUAUUUUUUAAGUGUUGUUCUACCUAUUUUAUCAUACAUUUGGAAUAAAAAUAUAUUUUUAAAAAAAAAAUAUUUAAAGAUUUUAAAUAAUAAUUUAUGUUUUUUUGCGAGUUGGAGGUUCACAUGACAUGCCGAAGCGUUACUGACCAUUUUGGGAAAAUUUGUGCAAGACGCUAGUCGAUUCGGCAGCCCAAAAUUUUAAAUAAUGAAUACUACUGACGAAAAUAGUGAUCAAAUUUUAUCUGAAACAUCUUGGGAAGAUUGUUGGGAACCUGAAUCUAGUGACUUUGAUUCAGAUUUUGAUGAGAAUCUGCCUUUAUAGCCCAUUAUAGUCACUAAAACUAGAAGGUUAGUAAAUCGAGUGUUUCGUCAUUCCAUUUUUUUAAUAGAUUUUUUACUUUUAUUUUUAUUUUAUCGGUUUAAAUUGUAUUUUUAAUCAUAAUUGAAGUAUUUACUACCCAUUUUAAAAUGAAUCUACGCAAAUAAAAUCAUUGUAUAAUUUGUGAAUAUUUUAUUAUAUAAAUAAUUUUAGAAGACUUUAUGCUUAGAAACUGUUGCUAAGGAAUGUAAACAAUGCAGUCGGCACUGAUUAUUAUGAUAUAUUUCAUCCUAAAGACCUUGAAAUUUGACAUCGAUGUGUGCUAUAAAAAAUUAUUUAUCUGACACUAAUGUUUUUUUUGUCAUAACGAUUUUUAGACAGUAUUUGAGAUAUUAAAAACUGGAAAUUUAAGGAAGUAUAUAUUUUAUAUUCAUUGCAUCCCUAAUAGCUGCAUCAUAUAGGUCUAUAAUAUUAGUGCUUCUUUUACAUUCACAGGCUAGGCUUGUAUGAGGUUCGAGAUGAUGACCCACUGGUUCCCUCUCCUAAGUUUCCCCCAGCCAGAAAGCCAGGCUGACGUGUGGGAAGAAAUGUCAUAACAUGGAUACAAUCUGCAUCCUAAAGUCUAAGGAUUUUCAAGAUAUGUUUCACACUGAAUUUGGUUGAAACAUUUGUAAAAUACACCUAUUCAACUACCAUGGGACCUUGGAAACAUUCCAUCAACUUUGGUUUGUUGAUAUCUCAACAACAUAUCACUUUUACACAUUUCUAGGACUAAUGUGCAUGUCAACUGUACAAGUCCUGAGUGUACAAAAAUACUCAUCAACCGCAACAAUGUUUCAUUACUCAUGCCGUAUUCCCAAAAACAUAUUUAAUCAAAUAAGACAUUCUUCAAAGUUUGUAACAUUGAAACAGACAAUGAGGACAAACUGUGCAAAGUGAAUUUGUCAGACUUUAUCAGAAGUAAAUAAAGAUAAAAACCAAAGCAAUGUGAUAUGAUGUGAUGGAUAAUAAUUUAUACUAUGUUCAGUGGAGAGGAAAUUAGACAAGCCUCACUUAUUUCAAAUAAUAUGACAGCAAAUGGAUUUUCUUUUGUGAACAAAACCAAAACUGAUUUGUGUCUUUCUAGGCAAUUAUUGGGGAGAAAAACCAAAUAUUGUCAAAUCAGAUUUUGAAAUCAUACAAUUCAUUCCUGUGACCUGUGUGGUGUUGACCAGUUGAUAAAUGAAUAUAUCAUUCUAAGUAAAGAGAACAACACUGGACUAAUCCCCUUUUCCAUUUUGUUGAUAAUGCCAGCUAUAAUCUCUUCAGGAUUGUUCAAAAGAAAACUAUUGUAUAGAUGAACUGAAGCUACCUGACAUUUUAUUCUCAACUGACUUCACCGAGGAAAUUAUUUUAGCAUUUGCUGAUCUACUGAAAGUGAUGCAGUUCCGAAUGCUGCAAAUGUAAAUAACACCAAAUACAAUCUAAAUGCAAUAAUUCCUGAUUGCAUAGAUUUUAAAAGCAAUUGUCAGUGUGGUAGUGCUAUAAAUUAGGAAUGCUAAGCAAAUAAAAUUAUAAAUCAAAUAUAGGGCAUGGUAAAUUUAUCUUUGUUAAAAAUACAAGAAACUUCCUGAGUAACAGUACCAUGAAGUUUAAAAUCUCUAUUAUUUUUAAAAAUCUUGAAGUAUUUUUUUAAAGGUAAAAUAAUAAUAACCUGUAAUUUUUGUGAAUACUUGGUUGGGGGGGGGGGCGGUGAGUUUUAUUUUUAAAAAAUUAUUUCCCCUUUUUGACACAUUUUAAAAAAUAAUUUAUAUUUUGGUCAAAAUCACAUGAAAUGUUCUAAAUCAUGCAUAUAAUAUAAGAAAAUGAAUUUUCUUUCUAAAUAAACAAAUUUUAUUAAAUAAUUUCAUGUGGCUUGUUUUUUUCCUUCUUUGCAUGUGAUCACCAAUUUUUUUUACACAUUUUUAUUUUUUUAAAAUUGCAUUAUUUUUUUCACAACUUCUAAGCAUUGACACUAUGUGUUUGAAAACAAAUAUUUUUAGAAACCUCAUGCAUGUCCCCACAAUAAUAUAUAUAUAACAUCAUGAAUUUUAGACAAGGAUUCUAAAAGUUAUUGACUCUUUUUUAAGGUCUUUUUUAAGAAAUCUCAUGAAAAACAUACAAAAUUCAAGGAAUGUAAAGAGUUAAUGCAGUCCCCUGGUUACAGUACGAGUGGGCAGAUAGCAGUGACAGAUAUUUAAUUGGAUAUUGACCAUCGUUUUAGCAACAAGCAGGACCUACUUCCCACGGAAAUACUAAUAACUUUACAUAAUGAUUAAAAUUGUUGAUCAUUUUCAAUAAUGCAUUGUUUUUGUCUGUUUUGAAAAAAAGAUAUGUGCAGUGUGGAUAGGAAUAUGUUAACAUUUUUUAACACCAUUGCCUGGCCCCCAAAAGUGCCUGAUUAAGAAGUUUGAGGACACUUUGAUUUACUACUAAUAAUUUAUUUUUCCAAUAGUCUUUCCUAUUACAUAAAUUACAUGUUAUAUUUCCUUUGCAAAUACUUUCAACUCAAUAUCCAAUGCAUAUCCUUACUAUUCCUAUCCCAGUGUCACUCCUAGGCCAAGUGCUGUCAGUCUGGACGAUGAGAAAGUGGAGUCAGGGGAUAUCAUGGAAGGAUACGAUGAUUCUUCAGAACAAUAUGUCAAGCCUCAAGUGACAGAAAUGCCCACAGACAAUAUGUGGGAAAAAUCAGGAGUUGAAGAGGAACCUACGUGCUCAUCAGCUGUCAUCAAGGAGGAGCCUCUUGAAGUUGAAAUAAAAGAAGAAAUUCUCAACACCUCUACUGGUUCCACAAGGUCACAGAAGAGGAGGAAGACAGAUAGUAGCACUCUGACACCAAAGAAAAUAAAGAGAGAGUAAAGGAAAUGUGAUUUUUAAUUC